AUGGGUAAUUGUAUUGGUAAAAAGUCUGAUGCCAAAAACAAACGUCGAACAUAUGUUCCAUCGCCACCGACUAUUCACAAACGUUUUGGUAAAAAACGAAGUCUAUCAUUAUCAUCGCCAUCGGCAGCAAAACGACCCAGUGUUCUUGUUUCACAUCUACCUGAUGUCAAAGAAUCUGAUUAUCUAAUUCAGAAAAAUGAAGAAUGUGAAGAACAAAUUGCACGUUGUUCCGUAUAUUCGGUAGGAACAACUGUUAGUAAUGAUCCAUUUAUAUUGAUACACUCACCGUCAACGUCGUUAUCGAUCCAAUUACCAAUUGAAUGCGAUAAUGUCGAAUCGAAUCAUACGAUUAUCGAUUUAGCACAUCCAGUACUUGUAAUUACAAAUGAACAAGAUUCAACUAUGGGACAAUAUUUUAGUAGAGAAACAGAAAUCAAUGAUGAUCAACGCGUUCCCAGCUUUACUGAUGAAAUCCUGCUUGAUUCUUUGGAUUCAUCGCCUUCGCUAUCCCGUUCUACGACUUCAUUAUCUUCCCUCUCUUGUAACACAACACCAUUUUCGUCCCAAGAUAAAUUAAUUCUUUCUUCUUCAUCCUCUUCCGCUGAUACAAAUCCGAUCCUUUCCUCUUUACCUUACACCGAACAAAUCUAUCUCGAUCGUUGUUCACCAUCCAACGAAACUUUCUCGCCCAAUCUUCCAGUUUCCUUUCCUCGUUCACACAAUAAUCUCUUUCUUAAUGAAUUUCACCAAAAUAUCCUUGUCCACUCAUGUCGAACGCUUAGUUCACUUAUUGAUAACGUUUCUCAACAACAAUUUAUUCGAAUACAUCGCCGAACAAAACCUCUCCUAAUUGAACACAAACAAUUUCAAUGUGUACAAUUACAACAUUUUCAAAACUCUCCAACACCGCCAUUCAUUUUCGAUCAUGAACAAAAGUUUGUAUAUAUGACCAAAUAUGCACGUUGGAACACAUUUCACUCGAUAACAUCCGCAACGAAAGAUACACGACGCAUCUUUUCUUCCUGUGAUCAUUGUUUAUCUCUACUCUCAGGUUCACAAUUGAACAAAUACAUACGUCCGUUUUUAUAUGCAAAUGCCACUCAUCACUUAGCACAAAUGUAUUUUAAUGAUAUCGAUAACAAUAACAACACGAUGUUCGGCUAUGUUUCACAAAAGAAUCCUCAUUCAAUCGAGCAGAUUCUGAUUAACAAUUCGAAACUAACUUAUUCCUAUGAUCUGGACGUGGAUCAAACAUCGAUUUACUUUGUUAUACGCAUACAAUCAUGGCCGGAGGAAAUGCGCGUCAAUUUCGAAGAGCGACCACGUUUAUGGUCAUUGAAUGUUGAAAAGUUAUUCGAUAAUACUUGUUUCAUUCGACAUAAUGAUACUGAAUAUGAAAUCUCAACAAAUGAUAAAUGUCAUGCUUGUGACAAACUACUUACAUCAUGUUCAUCGAACACCACAUGGUCGUAUACGUAUGCCGCCAUUGAGAGUCAACUUGUUCAAUUGAUGUCUGAAAAUCAAAUACGUUUUGCGUCGAUUGUGUGGAAUUAUAUACAUGGUAGAACUCAAGGACAGAUUUCGUUCAAGAUUUUUAAGCAUACACUCUUCUAUUUCUUCGAACAAUAUUCGUCCGAUGCAUUUCUAUUGAGUGAUUUACUGAAUUCGAUUCGUCUGUUUCUGGAUUUUCUUUCCGAUUGUGUGCAAAGGAGAUCUAUUCGACAUUAUUUCAAUUCGGAUCACAAUCUGUACAACGAUGAUGCAGCAAUGAAUUUUCUUUCAUCGAAAAUAACCUAUUUAGAUUUGAAGAAUUUCUCCGUGUAUCUUCUACCAAAGUCUUCGUUAUAUCUUUACCAGUUGAUGUAUUUAAUCGAAUUUCAAACGAGCUUUUUGAAUUAUUUCUACUCAGCAAAGACCAAUCUCAUGCAAACAAUCAUCGAAACACAUGAAUUCGUUGUUGAACAGCUUUCAUUAGGUGUCAAAACCUAUCGGCGACAACUCGAUUCAACAUCAGCAAUGAAAUCGUAUCGGCCAUUAACGCUCGAUCGUUUGUAUCGUUAUCAGGAAGACAAUGUUCAACUCAUACUCGAUUAUUUACCAUUUCUACGCGAGAAAGAACCGUCAUUAUUGAUUCAUUCGUUAUGGUCGAUAUUUAUCCAGUAUUUGAAUUCUUUGUUUGAUGAUCUUUUUAUUUCGUAA